CUAACCAACAAAAGGCAACCCGAAUACCACAAACAGUAUUAGUGUGUUUUUAAGUUUCUUUGCGUGAAGUUUAACAAACAUAAAAAAGUAUUUACGAUGAAAAUCAACACGAAUGUUACGCUACUUGCAGUGUUCGGUCUUAUUGUUUCUUUGAACAGUUUGCCCAUGGUACCAAGCGGCGGCGAGACAUCAGGGACAUCAGAGACAUCAAACACCUUGCACCAAUCUAUAAAAAGCUAUAUAAUAAAUGUCUUUCAGAUGUUGACUCACAGAUCGACCAAGAGAAUAUUAGCUCACAGAUCGACCAAGAGAAUAUUAGAAUCGACAGCAUCUCCUGAUUUUUUGGAAAACAAAGAUUUUAUAAACGAUGAUAAUUCUAUAAAAGCCUAUUUGGAAUUUCAACUAGACUCAAAAUUUAUUGGCUGGGUUGCCGAGGCCAGGGACCAAAUUCUUCUUGGAGCAGCAGAAAAACGUUCAAUAAUCCAAGAUGAAAAAGCACGUGAUAUUUUAUUCUAUAAAACAAAAGAAAAAAUAAUGCACAUGCAGGCCAUGAAGGAAUUCAGAACUGUUGAAUAUUAUGCAGAUAACGACAAUACACUAAACGCGAUCAUCACUGAAUUCAUAGAAGAGGUGAAACAUUAUCGAUAAA